AGCUCGCGCUCAGCGGCCGCAGCAGAAAGCAGCGUCAGUCGGAAGGAAUCGGAGAAGCGGACUGAACCCCGACAUGGGGACAAUAAGACCAGUUCUUCUCACUGUCCUCUUCCUGUCCUCGGCCUCAGGCUCCUAUCCCCGCGCACACAAUGUCACUUGGAAAUCCACCAAUUUUAAAACCAUCUUGACCUGGGAGCCCAAACCAUCAGCUGAUUACUCCUACACGGUGGAGUUCUCUGCGGUCGGUGCUGACAAACAGAGGAACUCUCACUGCAUCCGGUCCUCCGUGACCCGAUGUGACCUGUCCAGCUCUCUAAGUGACCUCAAUGCCAACUAUGUGGCAGACGUCCUGUCUGAACCCCCCCUGGGGGCCACCUCCAGUCUCAUAGAGUUCCCUUACUCCAGCUCACCGCGAUUCUGCCCCUACAAAGACACUGAUGUAGGCCGACUGGACUUUAAGCUGCAGGUGAGCGAAGACAAAAAGAAGACCACCCUGUAUGUGACUGACCCACUCACUGCCCUGUUUGAAGAUGGCCGUCAGCUGAACAUCAGGGACAUCUUCUCCAGCCAGCUGCAGUACAAAGUCACCUAUUGGAAAAAUAAGAGCACUGGGAAGAAAGUACGCCUGUCAGCGAGCAAUGUGAUAGAGAUGACUGAUCUGGACCGAGCAAAGAGCUACUGCUUCAAAGUCCAGGCUUAUAUUCCCAGCCGGAGCCUCGACAAGCAGCUGGGAGAGCUGAGCCGGACCCAGUGCUCCGACGGCGACAACCAGUCCGUCUUUGAAGUGUAUUCAGUGGGUGUGAUCGCUGCGGCCAUCUUCCUCAUCCUGCUGCUCAUGGGCCUCGUCAUCGCCGUCACGGUGGUCUGCUACAAGCGCAGGGAGGCGGCUCAGCACAGCGGAAAAGAAGGAAUGCCCCUCCAGGAUGUUUAGACACACACACACACAUACUGUGGUGACAUGCGGUACAGCUGAUAGAGUCCAACAUUUCACUGUCAAACACUGGAAUCAAUCCGUCCUCUAGUUUCUGUGAAACUGCCCCUCAACACGUUAAACAUAUUUAAUCCUUUUGUCAUUUAAUGCUGCAGAAAAAAGCACUGUUUGAACACUAGUCAUACUGCCGGGACUGUAAUAUUCUAUAUGUAUAUUUCUUAUUUCUUUUCUACUUGGUGAUGGGUACCUCUGAUGACUGUAGAUCAGUACAUAAACACUGCCAACUGAUUGUAUUUUAUUUAUUUGAUAGUGCAUUGGAGUUUAGGGAACUAGUGAAAGUGUCUGAUACACAGUAUCAGUACUACAUAAUUGUGUUUAAUUGAAAGUAUUUGAUGUAUAACACUUUUGUAUAUGAUGGAAUAUUUGAGCUUUUCUAUACUGCAGGUUGUUGCAGAUAAUUCCAUGUUGAAGAGAUAAUAAAUAUUUUACUGAAGACUUCCAAGUUGUACAUUAACAUUUAGUUAGAGGAUGAUCGCGUCAAACAGAAUGUAAAGAAAUCAUAUGUACGUAGUAUCAUUUGUCUUUAUAGUGACCCGUGACCAGAGCAGGUAUGGAAAAGUAUAACAUCUGUUCUUUGAAAUGAAUUGAUGACACCAGA